UGGAAGUGCAAUGGCGUGGCUAAUGUUUAUUUCAACAUGCAUUUGCUUUUUCUUCAAUGUCUCUAUCCAUGUUUCUGCAGAGAUGAUCGAAAACUUGUACGAUAAUCCUGAUUUUAAUAUGGCGAUGCAAAAAAUUGAAGAGAUGUCAAUGAUAAUGCGUAAACAGGGAGAACAUAUUAUCUUACUUGAGCAAAAAACCAUUGAGUCACAAAACACCGCGAAAAAACAAAAUGAUCGCAUCGCGCAGUUGGAGGCAAGGAUCCAAGAGUUAAAAACUGGUUGUAAGGCUGAAGAAGAUACAUCUGAGAACUCCGGAAAAGAUUUGUCAUCUGAAAUAUUUGUUACUCCGUUUAGGAAAUUCAUUAGAAAAGAACGAUUGAGUAGUCUCCAGCGAACAACUCAGAACACUGAAACUGUUGCCUUUUUUGCACAAUUAUCUUCCCAUACCCAUGCCUUUGAUGCUCAUCGGAUUAUUGCCUUUGACAAAACAAUAACUAACGUUGGACACGCAUAUCACCCUUACUCCGGAACCUUUAUUGCCCCAAGAUCGGGGGUAUACGUGUUCACCUGGACAAUCCGACUGUAUGGAGACUCUUAUCACACGACCGAACUAAUGGUUAACAACCAAAUCGUUAACUCGGUGUAUUAUAGUCCUCACUCUAAUGUAGAUGGCGGUGUUAGUGGUACUGCUGUUGUUCAGGUUUAUCAGGGCGACGAUGUUCUUAUUAGAACUGGCGCACAUUACCAUUUUGGUGUCAUCAGAAGCGAUUCAGUUGGAAGAUCAUCGUUCGCUGGAUGGAUUUUAAUGUAAAAUCUCAAAUAAAAUAUUUUUCAGAAGU